UCACCAUCAUCAAGCCAUAUACCAUCGAAACAUGUUGUCAAGACGCAUGCUUUCUCGCGAAGAGGAAGCCGAAAUAGGCGAAGAAAAGGAAGUGCGAAAGGAAGACCAAGACAAGAUCAAUCGAUUCAGUCGCCUUCACUCCCGCGAGAAAGGGCUCGAAGAAGAACUCAAGGUGAAGCAGAAAGACAAAGAAGACCUAGAGGAGAUUUCGUCUGAGCUCGAGCUUGCAGAUGAGGAAGAAAAGGUCCCAUACAAAAUUGGCGAUUCGUUCUUCAACCUUCCCGUUCCAGAAGUCCAGGAGCUGCUAUCCGCUGCCGUGGAACGCAUCGAUCGUGAGGUGUCUACUGUUGAGGAGAAGCUCGGCGAGUAUCGCGAAGAGAUGCAGACCCUGAAGAGCGAGCUUUAUGGUCGCUUCGGCAAGAGUAUCAAUCUGGAAGUCUGAAGAAACGGCCAGCAAAUAAGCACCGAUUCCAUUCGUCUGGAUACACCCAGUUCGCGGGCAGUCUCAAUGCGAGGUCAGGUACCAUACUGUGCUUCUCCUCGUGGUACUACAGUAUGUGGAGUGCCAUUCCUUUCAUUGCUGGAAACGGCAUGAUAGACAAGGAUGAGCAAGGCUGCAAUAUCUGGCUAUCGGUAUACAGCAAAAGAACUCCGCCGCAGUGAAAGGCCAGAUGCACGAUGUCGAAAGCUUAGUGUCGAGCUAUCUUCAAACUCGGCGUUUGAUAUCGACCAACAAUUGUUCUCAAAC